ACUAACUAUAAACAUGGAUGACACUUUAAUAAGUUGUUGUAAUUUUAACAUUAUCAAAGUAAACGUGUACUAAUUAAGUUGUGUAGAACUGUGAUUCAAUUCUUUUUAUAAAAGAUUUAAUAUUCCAUUGAAGAUUUAUAUAAAAGAUCUAGUAUUUAUAAUAAUAUAAUUUUGAGUGAAGUGGUAUUAAUGAGAAAGUAAGGUCCUAUAACAAAUAUAAGAUGAAUAAAGAAGAUGAAUCAAAUAAUAAAAGGUGUUGUCUCUGCUGGCCACUAAGAUGCAAUUUGCUUACGUGGGCAUACUUUAAAUUGGUGUCUUCAGCAGUAUUCAUAACGGUGAUAUCAUACGCCCUGCUACACACAUUAGUUAUGUACAAACUGUACGGCAAAAAGCAAUCCCAAAUCCGGGUCGAUGCAGAAAUUGCAAUAACAAUCAUUGCACUAUCUCUAUUUGUUGCUGAUUUACUAGUAACUGUAAUAUUUGUUGUGGGAAGACAUCGUAAUAUGAAACAAAUGAGGCGCUUAAAGCCGUUCUACUACUUCAGCAUAGUGACGUGGAUACUAGCUAUGUUACUGACGGCUAUGGCAGUCAGUCUGUCCAUUGAGAGCUUGUUCGCGAAGUAUAUGACAUUCCCUUCUUCGGUGGUCAAUAUUAUCAACUUCGUCAGCUAUUUUGUUACUAUCGUUGUCCAAACCUACUACCUACUGCUACUAAGGAACGAAAUCAUCAAACUAAUAAAGAACAACGAAGUCAGGUUCCUCAACAACGGGGCUGAUGCAGCCUGUACUGUAAGGCAUGAAAGUGAGAAGAAGGAAGCUUCUGAUGGUGAUACUGACACUGAAGAAGUUUGACAAACAGUUGAAUAUAAAGACUUGAUAAUUA